CCUCCCUCCUUUUCCAACAACACUUCCUCUUCUUCCUUUUGAGAUGGCAACUGCUACAAUGAGCUUCAGUUUGGAGGCUGCAUUUAGGGGUCUUUCUCUAUCAUCAAGCUCCACGUCGUCGUUUUUGAAAGGCGAAGUUGGCUUCAUUCCUAAAACGGCAACCGUUUCGUUUCCGACGAAAUCUCCGUUCCCUUUUACGAUCGAAUCGGCGCACAAGAAAGGAGCCGGGAGUACUAAAAACGGUCGCGAUUCUAGAGGUCAACGACUCGGCGUCAAAAUAUUUGGUGACCAGGUCGCCAAGCCCGGCGCUAUUAUCGUAAGGCAACGAGGAACCAAGUUUCAUCCAGGGAAAAAUGUGGGGAUUGGCAAGGACCAUACAAUCUUUUCCCUGAUUGAUGGACUUGUGAAAUUUGAGAAAUUUGGUCCUGACAAGCAGAAGAUAAGCGUUUACCCACGAGUAGUACAGCCUGAGAAUCCCAACAGCUAUAGAGCAAAGAAGAGAGAGUACUUCAGGCUGCGCCGUGAACGCAGGAAGGCAAGGAAGGAAGGAAUUCUUGCUCAACCGGAACUAGUGCUUGCUUCUGCUUCUGAUGCUACGGUCAGCAAUCCUGCUUGCUGAUUGAAUCUGCGAAACUGAACCUGUUCUUUUCUUUGUAUUGCACUCAGACCUUACAGAUGGUUUAUAUUUUUGGACCAUUUAAAAAGUGUACAAACUUGAUGUAUCCAAUUUGCCAAUGGUGUUUUCUGGUUUCA